UCCCCAAUAAAUAUAAAUGUCUGAGGUUGAAAAAAAGUUUUUUUUAAUCCAGUUUUUACAGACUAGGGGUUAAAGCUGGUGUCUGCACAUAUUCCGAAAUCCACUAAUGGGCUCCGGUCUAAACAGGCUGAUGGUGCGAGUCCAUCUCUGUUGAGAGAUAUUGAUGCUCAAAUGAUUGUAGUUUCUCUUCAUUAAAGAUGAUCACUCUACUAAAGAGAGGAUUAACCGUUUUUAUCUAGGAUUAUAGAAGGGAUCUCUGGCUAGGUUUUCUAAUGGCUUUGGGUUUAUAGCUGAUGCUCACGACCUUCUAAAAGCUCUCAUUCACUCUCUGAUCGACCCAAAUCUUUACUCAGCAAGUCUUUACUGGCAGCAUGACUUGUUGUUUAUGAUUUAUUACAAAGAAACAUGCACAGUUUUGGGCUGACAUGAAAGAAAUAUCCAGAUGAAGAUUUUAGAGGUGGAGACAACUUUGGGAAUAGACAAGAUGAGUGAGGUAUUUAACAUUUAUUUAUUUUCCUAUUGCACACCAUUUUCAGAUAUUAUCAGUUUUGUAAUUUAGGACAAAUGAUCUCUAAUGUGCAUUUAUUUUUCAAUGCAUGUACUACAUUGCCUUCAUCAAAUGGGUUUAGGACGUUUCGGUUGACGAGAACCAUUUGGUCAGCAUUGUAAAUAAUGGUCAGCGUGGAAGACUAGAGGAGCAGCGGUGCUCAUUGGGACCAAAAGCAUCUCAACAAGUUCCUGUCUACGGCCCAGGUCACACAUCAACAGAAAUGAUGCUUUUGUAUCUUUCAUUUACAUUUUCGCCUAAUUUCAAAUGCUACUUCAUUAGAUCCUGAUGAGAUUUACCAGCUUCUGGUGAACAGUCAGAGCCGCAGAUUAGAUGACCAGCGGGUGAUGCUCACUUCAUCACCGGGUAUGGAGGCAUUCACGAUCAAAGAGCGGAAAGAGACCAAUACAUUGAAGACAAGCUUUGAUCACAUCCGUAAUAUGGUCAGCAGCGCUCAUAGUUUCAGGAGACGGACCCCUCGAAAAAUGCCCAUGAGCCCUGCGUCACCAAACUUCAGUCUCAGUAAUCCCACUCAGCAUUGUGAUCAUCCAGAUUCCUUCAACAAGCUUCCAUCUAGAUCAGCUUCUUUCAGCCCAAUCUUAGACAAAGACCAAAUGGAUUAUGAUUUUCAGGGUGAGCAGGACCGGCUUUUCUGUCUAGUGAGUCAAGCACAGCGUGGAAGUAUUGACAAACAACGCUGCUCGAUCAACCCCCUAUCACAUUCCUCCAGGCCAUCAGAUCAAGAUGCUGAGCAGUUUUUUUCUCUUAUUGCUAAUACACAAAAUCGACGGUUAGAUGACCAGCGAGCAACACUUAACCUGCUUCCAGAAAUACAACAAUCCACUGGUGUUACUGGUCAGGAAUCUGAUCAACUUUUCAAUAUCGUCUCCAGAAUACAGGGCUCUCGGAUAGAUGAUCAACGGUGCUCUGCUCCUCACAUCCAGCUGGGGUCCCCAGCCCCCCCGAGAAAGUCUCACUCUCAACCCGCGUCCCAGAUUUUCCCUCCAUCUCAAUCAGGGCCACCCCGGAGAUCAGCAUCCUUCAGUCCAGUCUCAGAGAAUCAGGAACAAAACUGUUUUGAUCAGGACCAGUUUUUCUCUCUUGUCCAUCAUCUACAGCAAAGUCGAAUGGAUGACCAGCGAUGCUCAUUUGAACCCAGCAAAUAUAGUUCUUCCACUAUAAAGACUCCCAACACUACACCCAUUGCUGAAGACGCUGAACAGUUAUUUAAAUCCAUGGCAGGCCAAUGUGCACUGAAGUCACCGCCAGGCCUGCAGACCUACAGCACAGAGCAUCACAAAGGGCGAAAUAAAGCAUCCACCCCUCAGAUCACCCUGACUCCCGCAUCACCGGCUGUACCCCAAAAAGCUCCUUCCAGAUCGACGUCUCCCACCCUGAUGCUCUGUGACUCACCUGUCAGGCCUCCUCUCAGAUCUUCUAGCCCUGGGUCAGAUGAGCAAAGGUUACUGUAUGAUGACAUGCCCAUGCAGAUAACAUUUCAAAUUUCCAUGCGUUUCCCCCCACAUGAAGCGUAUGAACCAAAUAUACAGCCGUGUCAAUUGCCUGAAGUCUUUCUCACAGUUGGACAACCAGGAGGAACUGUUGUGCUUCCACUCAACCCCAAACCUGGCAGACCUGUCUCCUUCAAUAUUAAUCCACCCAAAAACCAACACUCCAGGUCUGCAUCUCCUCGCAGGUCUCCUGCCAGACAAGAAAGGGGGAAGAUCUUCUUCACCAAACCGAGUCAAUGUGACUAGUCCCAUCAGCCCACGUGAGGAUUAUUUCUCUCUGAUCCAGAGAGUCCACACUGCUCAACUGCAACACAACAAUGGACAGGAACGAGGAGACAUGAACAGGGAACCUAAGAGGGCAAAAGGAAAAAGUGGUGGAAGGAAAGAGAAAAAAGAAGGAAAUAGAGAAAAGAAAAAAUAAGAGACUCAACAGUCAGUAUUUAUUUCCAUUCACGCUGGUUUUAUAUGACCUAUGGACAACUAGCCUUUCUUCCACUGAAUUUGUGUAAUAAAAUGGAAAUGAGCAUUUCAAAAUAAUGUUCGCACUAGAAGGUUGUAUUAUGAAAAAUGUUUUUUUUUUCUGAUUAAAAGAAGUUUAUUUAAUUUGUGUGUCAAUGUAUCAAGAGAACGUGAAAGUGUUUGUAAAUAUCUUGUAUGAUGGAUGAUCGUAUAUGUCUCUUUGUUGUGUUUGACAAUCUCUUGUAAAUAAUAAAACAACAAACUUCUUGUUAGAUAACUCC